AUGGGCUUUUGGCGCCGAAGGGCAUGGACCCUUCGUGUGUAUGAAUUAGUGCCACUUGCAAGAGUGCCUUUGCUUACAGGGACUUAUCGCCGAACAAUCUCUACCACGGCAAAGGAAAAUUCACCCAAGCCACGCCAGCGCAUCGGCAGGAUAAAAACAUGGAAUUCGUUUGAUCGUCAGGGUGUCAUUGUGGAGGAAAAGACCGGACAAGAAUAUGUUAUUCCCAGCACACGGGCCUUCGAAACGGUACUCCCCACGCUGCUUCGGUCGCUAGAAGGGUCUAUAGCUACCUUUGACGUCACCGAGGAUCCCCAUGCAGGAGACUGCGUGAUCAUUCGUUCACGUACGGAACUCAUCACAGCCCGUAGCUAUGAUCGGAAGCCGCCGCUCGACUUUUUGAACAUGUUUGCUUCGUCAAAUGAGGUAGAACCGACCACAUCUGCCCUGUCAAAUGAGUCAGGGGUCGAAUUGCAAGAUAUAAAGGAACCAAAGGUGGUGCAAUAUGCAAAUAAAAUUACUAUCGACCUCAAUAGUAUCUCAUCUAAUCAGCUGGUACGGCUGAGCGGGCCGCUGGUAAAUGAAGAGCCUGUCCCACCAACGAAAAAUUUCAAGGAUAUGCGCAUCUGUCGGAUCUUUUCCAGAGAUGUUAAUGAGUUUUUGAAGCUCAAGCAGGAGCUUGGGAGCUCCAAGAAAGCGCAGGAGGUGAUCGAGCAGCGCAUCGAGAAGGCGCAAAAGAGCUUACCACAGCGUAAGGUCGUAGCUGAGGAAGUAAUGGGGGUCGUAUUGGUAUGGUCUGCGAUUCAUCGCAGCGGUGUCAUCCUAGAGGGGCUUCGUGAGAUACCCAACGAUGCGCCGCUGUUGGACCUGUCCAACACCACCAAGGCCAGCAUCAUUCGCAACGUCUACAGCUUCCAAAGCGCCUUGCCCACCUCCCAAUCCCUGGUAAACCGCCCCGUCGUCUUCACCAAGGUGGCCUACUCCACACACCCCGGCAAGACCUUCGCCGAGGCCAUCCUUGUCCAGGGCAAUUUUGACUUUGACGCGAGCACCGCCUCGAUCGAGGAGGCCUCCGCCGCGAAGAAGAAAGCCCAACAACUCGAAAAACGACGCCGACAGCUCGGGACGUUCUACACCGACGAGGCCGAAAGAGAAGCCGAGCCUCGAUGGGGGGCCGGCAGCCCAGACGGCCCCUCCGCGCAACCUCCAGAUCAGGCCCCGGGCUGUUCGACCGCGGGGGAAAAGGGCCCCCUCCUGUACGGCGUGAUUACCCGCUGGAGUGGGGGCCAAGGGACGAUUGAGUGUGGGAAUGGCCCCACCUUUUACAUCCCCUCCGCCGCGGUAUUCACCCAGCUGGUGGAGUCGUCGAGCCAUGCCAUCCGCGGUGCGGUGGUGACCUUCCGCGUGAACCCGCCGCGCCCGCGCUACGUGGCGGAGGUGAAUAUUCUGUCAACCCCGGCCUCCUCCCUGAUGGAGAUUAAGCCGUUGUUGGAUCGGGUUCCCCAUAGUUCGACGUGGAAACCCCCGACGGAUGGGUCCUCAGGCGCUACGAUCGCGGAGGUGGGCGAGGGGGCCGGGAGAGAAGGGGCGGACCGCGCGGCGGUGGAGCCGCAUGGCGUCGAGUGGCUCGAGGGCACACUCGUCGCGUGGUCUGCUCAGGAGAAUCAGGGCAUCAUUCACGGGAAGGACGGCGUACGCUAUGUCCUUAAAGACGCUGACGAAAACGUGAUUCUCUACUCCCAUCGCAAGACCCUCCUGAAGAAGGGUCGAGACGUUAAAUUCACGGCUUUUGGAAGCACGGGUUUGCUGGCCUGCAAUGUCGUUCCAUUGACCACGGAGGCUAACGAGGAAGAGCUGCUUGCCGAAGAGCUCCACCGGAAAGAGCCGACGCGGACUCUGGAUGGCAACCUGGACGAGGCUCUCCCAUCACCCACCAGCACUUCCUACUGGAUAUCACGGAUCGAAAAGUCUGGGAUUGACGUUGGCGAGGUCAAAAAGUUGCAGAACCGGGCCAUAAGCCCAGAGGAGCUGGACGACGACAGCCAAUUUCUCGACACUGAUGAACUUCUGAAGAAGGACCACUGGUGGAACGAUCCGCAAAAGAACAAAAAGUUCCCGAACAGCAACGUGCGGUAUGGUGAUCUUCAGCUUAUUGGGCCGGCAUCGAUGCUGAACUUUGCGGUCAAGGCACAAGAUCCUCAAAGGCUGCAGAAAAUGACGGACAAGUACCAAUCCAAGUUGACUGAAGAACAAAAACAGGAAGCAUGGCGACGUGCAAAGGAUAUGGCUCCACAAUAUGAGGAAUUGGUAAAAAAAGCGAGAGAACAAAAUGAAGAACCAAAAUUUUAUUUUUUUUAA